AUUUUUUAUUUGCUCCCUCGUCUUCCUGUCUCUGUUCCUCCGAAAAACAUGGGAUCUUCGAAGAAAUCUCAAGUUGAUAAAAAAUUGGUCAUCUCCGAAAACUCUAUAUGGGCUUCACUGAAGCCGGUGAAAACCAAACUGAAAAGGCGGGAGAGAGACACAGAAAGUGAAGAAGAAAAACAAUACAGUGGCAGCGAAGAGUACUGCAUCACACCCACGGCAAAAGAAGCGAAGCUCUGUGAGAAAUUGAUAUGUCCGCCGGCUCCUCCAAGGAAACGCAGACCGGCGUUGAAGUGUCGAAGUAAUGUAAACGUAGAGUACUUUGUGCCUCCUUCAGAUUUGGAGACCGUUUUUAUACGACGCUUAUAAUGUAAAACGAUGAACAUUCUCAAAGUAUAUAGUGAAAGAGUUCUAAGUUGUUGUCGGGACAUUGUCGCUAGCUUCGACUAUAAAACUUUGAAGAUCAUUCACCUUGUACAAAU